GGCGGCGGCGACGCGCAGCUUAGCCGCGCCCAUGGCGAGCGGCGGCGGCGGCGGCAGGUAGGGUCGGGCGGGGCGGGGGCCCGCUCCCCCGGCCAUGGCUCAGACAGAGCCCCCGAAGGCGGUGCAGCUGUGGCGCGACGCCGCCCUGCGCGCACGGAAGCUGCGGGGCGGCCCCGGCGAGCCCGAGCCCGAGGCGGACGCGGGGCCGCCGGGGGGGCCGCCGCCGCCCCCCGGUGCCGCCGCUCCUCGCCGCCCGUCCCUGGCGGCGGCGGCGCUGGGGGAGCUGGAGGCGCUGAACCUGAGCGGGCGGGAGCUGGAGGAGCUGCCCGAGGAGGUGGGUGCCGCCCUGAGCGGGCUGCGGGUGCUCAGCCUGCGGCGCAACCGGCUGGGCCGCCUGCCCGCCGCCGCCCUCCGCCACCUGGGCCGCCUGGCCGAGCUCGACCUCAGCCACAACCGGCUGCGGGGCCUGGGGGACGGCGGGGCGCUGGCGGGGCUGCGGGGCCUGCGCAAACUCAGCCUCAGCCACAACGAGCUGGGCGCCGAGGGCCCGGGGCUGCCCCCCCGCCUCGCCGAGCUGGGCUGCCUCGAGGAGCUCGACCUCAGCUUCAACCGUCUGCGCCGCCUGCCCGAGGGCCUGGGCCGUCUGCGGCACCUCCGCACCCUCGACGUCGACCACAACCUGCUGCCCUCCUUCCCUGCCCCGGUGCUGGAGCUGGCUGCCCUGGAGGAGCUCGACUGUUCCGGCAACCGCCACCUCGGGGCCCUGCCCGAGGGCAUUGCUGCUCUCCGCCGCCUCAAGAUCCUCUGGCUCAGCGGCACCGGGCUGGCAUCCCUUCCCGAGGGUCUGUGCCAGCUGAGUGCCCUCGAGAGCCUCAUGCUGGACAGCAACCGGCUGCAGGCGCUGCCCGCUGGUUUCGGCAGACUACAGCGGCUCAAGAUGCUGAACCUCUCAUCCAAUCUGCUGGGGGAGUUCCCCUCUGCCAUCUUGGCACUGCCCAGUCUGGAGGAGCUCUACCUGAGCCGCAACCAGCUCACUGUGCUGCCACCUCACCUCUGUCAGCUCCACCAGCUCCGCACUCUCUGGCUGGACAACAACCGCAUCCGCUACCUGCCUGACUCCAUUGUGCUCCUCCACAGCCUAGAGGAGCUGGUCCUGCAAGGCAACCAGAUCGCCAUCCUGCCCGAGGGCUUCGGGCAGCUUUCCCGUGUCACCCUAUGGAAGAUCAAAGAUAACCCUCUCAUCCAGCCCCCCUAUGAGGUGUGCAUGAAAGGCAUCCCCUACAUCGCAGCUUACCAGCAGGAGCUGGCCCACUCUCAGCCUGCCCUCAAACCUCGCCUCAAACUAGUCCUCAUGGGCUUAAAAAAUGCAGGAAAGACUCUGCUGAGACGGUGCCUCAUGGAGGAAAAUGAGCAGAGAGAGGAAAGCCUGGAGGCAGGCAACACCCAGCACAGAGGGUUUCCUGGGCAACAGCAGGACAUUGGGAGGGUGGCAGUUGGGUGUUGUCCCUUUCCAGAGCCUCAAGACAAUUCCUCAACUCGGGUACCUGUCAUGCAGCAGGUAGAACAUCUCCCUGUUGAGCGGCAGGACAUCCCUUCUCAUGUUUUGCCCUCUCACCGAGAAAACGGGGACGCAACAUCCCCUGCACCGUCACUGCCACCCAAUGCGCCCCGAAUACCACUGGGACUAGGACUAUCAGGAAGCAGUAAGGGCAUCGAGGUGAUGGACUGGACAGCAGAUGCAGAGAGGGGCCUGACAUUCAUUGUAUAUGAGCUGGCAGGGGAUCCAAGCUAUGAUGUGAUCCAGUCUUUUUUCCUCUCCCCUGGAGCCUUGUACGUGCUGGUGGUGAAUUUGAGUGCCUACGUCCCUCAGCACUUCUACCCCUCUGUGGGCUAUUUCUUACACUGGCUCAGUUCCAAGGUGCCCCAUGCCGUAGUGUGCAUGGUGGGAACCCAUGCUGACCUCUGUGCAGAGCGGGAGUUGGAAGAGAAGUGCCUGGACAUCCAUCACCAGAUCGCUCAGCAGGAGAAGAGGGAUGCUGAGGGACUACAGAGCUUAGUCCAGCAGGUGGAUGAGGCUCUGGGACAGGACUUCGACCUGCGCUGCUCCAGCCCGCAUGCUGCCUUUUACAGGGUCUCAGACAAGAACUUGCGGCGAAAGAAAGCCCAGUUUCAGUAUCUUCUCAACCACCGCCCGCAGAUCCUGUCUCCAGUGCUGCCUUUCAGCUGCCAGGACCGUUGCCAGGUGCGUCGCCUGCGGGACAAGCUCCUCUCUGUGGCUGAGCACCGGGAUAUCUUCCCAAACCUGCACCGGGUGUUGCCCAAGUCCUGGCAAGUGCUGGAGGAGCUGCACUUCCAGCCUCAAGCACAGCAGUUGUGGCUUAGCUGGUGGGACUCUGCCCGGCUGGGCUUGCAGGCAGGUCUGACAGAGGAUCGGCUGCAGAGUGCCCUGUCCUACCUGCAUGAGAGUGGAAAGCUGCUCUACUUUGAGGAGCAUCUCACCUUGCGGGAGUAUGUGUUCCACAAUCUGCCGCGGCUCAUAGACAUCCUCAAUGUCUUUUGCCAGCGGGAUGCCACUGUGCUGCUCCAGAAACUGCUCAGUGACACCCAGAUUGACGAACUGAGGACCACUCAGCUCCAUCAUUACGUGGAGGGCUUUUUGCUGCAUGGCCUCCUUCCUGCCCAUGUUAUCCGUCUCCUUCUUAAGCCCCACGUCCAGAGUCGGGAGGAUCUGCAGCUCAUUCUGGAGCUUCUGGAGAAGAUGGGGCUGUGUUACUGUGUCAACAAACCCAAAUGCAAGCCCUUAAAUGGGGCGGCUGUUUGGUACAAGUUUCCCUGCUACGUGAAAAACGAGGUGCCCCAUGCAGAGGCAUGGAUCAACAGCACCAAUCCGAGCGGACAGUCCUUUGUGGUUGAGCAGCUGCAGAUUGAAUAUAGCUUUCCAUUCAUUUUCCCACCCGGCUUGUUUGCACGCUACAGUGUCCAGAUUAACCGCCACGUGGUUCAGCGGUCAGAUGGCAAGUACCAGAUUUAUGCCUACCGGGGAAAGGUGCCUGUGGUGGUGAGUUACCGGCCUGCCAGGGGAGCUCUGCAGCCAGACACUCUGUCUAUCGCUAGUCACGCGUCCCUACCAAAUAUCUGGACAGCUUGGCAAGCUAUUAUGCCUUUAGUGGAAGAACUGAAUGUCCUGCUCCAGGAAUGGCCGGGCCUGUACUACACUGUGCAUGUCCUUUGUUCAAAGUGCCUUAAAAGAGGGUCACCCAACCCACACAGUUUUCCAGGAGAACUGCUGAGUCAGCCGAGACCAGAGGGACUGACGGAGAUCAUCUGUCCCAAGAACGGCAGCGAGCGAGUUAAUGUUGCCUUGGUUUACCCCCCCACUCCUACUGUGAUCAGCCCUUGUUCCAAGUGAGACCAGAAAGCAGACCUAUUCCCCUAUAAACCGUCAGUGCUGGUGCCAAAGGUUUUCCAUCGGGCAGAACAUGGUUGAUGCUCUGCAGUGCUCCCAUCUGUCCAGUUGUGGAGUUGAUGCUGACGGGGAUCAAUGGGACUUUGGACUUUGGACCCUGAAAGAAAUGCUGUGGGGCAGGGGCAGCUCCCAGGUGGGGGCCUCAUGGCUGGAGUGGAUGAAGUCAUCAUCUGGAGGUUGGGGAUGACAAGGCAUGAAGGAAAAUGCUUGCUGCAGAUGGCAGGGCCGCUGGCCGGAGGGAAAACACUGGGGAUAGGUUUCUGUGGACCCAUUGAUCGUGUGUUGAAAACCCAUUUGGAUCUCAUGAUGAAUGUAAAAAUGUUCUUGGUAUACCAUUUAAUUCAGACCUGCUUGGAGGAAAGUCUCUUGAAAUGAGCUGUAGCGGUAUUCCCUGGAUUUGUUCCUGGACAAGUGAGUUUUGUGGCAGUUGGCCAAAGCUUUGCUGGGGAGUGGGUUGGUACUGUGAAGCCUUUAAAAUUGCUCCACCACAAAAAAAUCGGCUGUGUCCCAUUCAGCAAUCUUGAGUGCAGACUGGCAGAGAAGCAGUCUGGGAAAUGUUUCCUGCGCUGUGUGUUCACAUAUGUUGUGCCAUGAAGUGGUGAGGAUGUGCAGUGAUCAUGCAGGGACAAAAGCAGGGCAGUCAGUGUGCCUCUGGCACAUGCUAUUUAUUAUCCCUAGUGUUACCGAUAUCUCUGAACAGCUGCUGGUCUGCCAUGUCUGGGUGCUCUGGUACUGCCAUUGUGGUACUCUGUGCAUUGUGUCCACUGGAGCACUAAAAAUCUAGAUCUUGGUCGUCCUCCAUGGAAAGCCACAGGCAUCUUUGUGCAGAGAUCUGGUGAAGCAGUGUGUGGCUGUGUGAUCCCAAUCCCCUUGGGCUCACCUUGGCACCUAUGCUUCAUGAGCAGCCAUCUUCCCUCUCCAGAUGUGGGAAAGGGCAGGCUGAGCACUGGUACCAAAGUUCUGGUUUCUCCCUCAGCUGUGUGGCUUUGAGGACUUCUAGGAUGUUGCUGGUAGUUUGUGCCCUGCAGCUGAGCCCUGGUAACUGUGCUGAGUCCUGCUCCAUGCAAAUAUUUAUUUAAUGUAAAUCAAUAGGAGGCGAGCAUUUCCGGAGCCAGAUCUCUUCAUCAGAUGGUGGGGGAGGUCUGAGAGAUGAGGGAUUUAAAACACUUGUGUUAAUGUACAGCUCUUAAUUUUUGGGCUGUGAUGGCAGACCUGGGAUGGGUGAUACAGGUCAGCAGGCAGUGUCCACCAGGAUGUGAUCUGGCCAGGCCUGCAACCACUGCAAAAGAGUGAUGUGUCCUGUUGGGACCUGCUGCAGUUGCACAGAUUAUAUUCCCUGGUUUCUGAUCCUUCAAAUGCCAGCCUUAUGUGCAAGGCUGUAAAUCUUCCCAUUGGCAAGAACUUAAUGCUGGGACAGCAGGGCAGAAUCCACUCCAGCAGGAGAUCCAGAGGCCAGGUAGAAGAAAUCAAGCCAUAUACCUUACUUUAGGGGGAAAAGCUGCCAAAUAAAAGCUGGCGGCUCAGUCAGCUUCCUGUCUCUUCAGGGUAUUGUUCCAGCUUGGGCGGGUAGCUUGGGCUCAGAUUUCAUGUGUUGACCUGCUAUCUCUGGCAAUGAACCUUCUUAUGUCAGUGAGAAUCAUUAAUUGAUUGUGCUUCCAUGUUGCUGUGGAUAAACUGGAGACUCAAAAUUGUCUGUGGUGGCUGGAGAAGGUGAAAGGGAGGUGAGAUCUUUGAAUGGUGCUCAGGAAUAGUGCUAGGAAACUCCCUUGUCCCGAGUCUUGCUGCCCAUGAGACAUGCCUGGUGCAGGCAGAACUUGUGUUAGAGCAUUCCCUACUGUCACCUCCCAUGCUGGGCGGCCUUCUCCUCCUGUUGUGCUGCUACUCACCUCUCUUUCCGUUCUCCAUAGGAAGAAACUAGCGAUUUGUUGCUGUGAAGUUGCGUGGAAACCACAUUGUAAAGAAACCACAAACUGGAAUCCUUUUCCAGCCGGAUGCCUGUUUCCCGUGUGCCCAUCUGGUCUGGGAUGUGUGAGCGUUGAAGGAGUGAGAGGACAGAGCAGACAUCUUACAGCCUGCUCCUUGGGACCGCAGCCCUCCUGCCAGGGUGUGCCACCUCUGUGGGAGCAUUCCCUGGCCUUUGCAGGCACGCAGGCUGCUGCUGCUGUGCACUGAAGCCGUAAUGCCGGGAGUGUGGCAGUGUGGAGAUCAAUCUAGUUGGGUCUAUUUAAUACGACACAGUGAUUGCUCAUCCACCCACUGUUUAGUAACUGGUGUAACUGUUUUCAUCCAAAUUUUUUUAAUAUGCAAAAGCCAUUUAAUUUUCUAUGCAGUUCAGAAACAUCCUGCCUUUGCAGUUGCCAGGUGGGAGAUCCAUGCAGGAGAACCAAACCAAGCAGCUCAUAGUACUUUUGAUUUUGCUGUCACUGUCUUUUGAGGAUGCACCCUUGGAUCCUCAUACAGUGUCCCUUUGCUGAGCUCCUGCCUCAGACCCCACAUAAUAUCCCUCAGCCCCAGGGAUGAGGGCCCUGUAUUUUUGAAGGAUCUGUCAUUUUUCAUGAAUCAAGCCACAAGGAAAGAGGGCUUGAAUGCAUUGCCCUAAGAGCAGAUAUCUGAGUUCAGAGUAUGUAUUGUGUUCCAGUUCUUAUCCCUGCUUAGCCCUGUAUUUUUGAAGUAUCUGUUAUUUUUCAUGAAUCAAGCCACAAGGAAAGAGGGCUUGAAUGCAUUGCCCUAAGAGCAGAUACCGAAGUUCAGAGUAUGUAUUGUGUUCCAGUUCUUAUCCCUGCUCAGGGAGUUACCACACUGUUAGAAAUAACUAAGGCCUCUGUGGACCACUGUGCAGCCUUUACUGAAGAUGUAUUAUAAAGAGGUCAGAAAGGAUUGGGGCAUCAGCUGUCUACCUGUGGAGCUGACAAUGAAUUUAGCUUCUUUGGAAUAGGAGGAGAAUCUCCUGGCAAUCUCCUAGAUGCCUACUUCACCCAUGAUGAUUGUACUGGUUUUGCUUAUUGGUUUGCAAUCCCUUGCUUGACCGGUUUUUGAUUUCCUGCCGAAACUGGUUCAGACAGAUUUGGAAGCAGAGCUAGUGAGCUGCUUUUGCGCUCCAGGACUUUCAGCAGCUGGAAGAUGUCUGGAGUACCUUGUGUUACACUCUGAAGCAAAACCUGGGAUUCAAAACUGCAUCCGUCCAAGUCAAACUCCCAGGAUAGCAGCCUUGCCUUCUUCUGGGUCUGUGUAAUGUGAGGAAUUGCAUGUCCCUAAGCAACAUACAAAUAGGUAGAGAUGAGAGAGAGUGAGCCCAAAUGGUGAUGCUGCACACCUAGGUCAUUUUAGGGCUUACAGGAGUACUGGGAGACUUUUGGCAGCUGCAGAGGGUCCUGGGUGAUGGGACACCUCUGUUUUAACUUUGCUAUAAGCAAAAACGUCUGAAAAGUAAGAUUGUUUCCAGUCUGCCACAAGGCCAGGAUCCUUGGUCUAGUCUCCUUUCAUGGCAGUGCUGUUCUUUCUGCAUUGUCUCUGCUCUGAGCUUGGGGGAUUCAGCUUUAGAAAAUUAAACUGAAAUAGAGGCUAGUUUGGGAUUUACCCUGCCUUAUAGUCUCUCAGAUCAGAUGAAAGAGACUAGGGGCUGCAGAAACAUGGGUCAUCUCCCUUGCAGCAUCCCCCAUGCCACAGUUUCAUGAUGGCUCUAAAAACUCAGUAGUGUAUUUGGAUGCUGCUUUCCCAGGAACUCCAGAUGUGCUUGGUUGUACUGUAGCACUGGAACUUAAAUGGGAUCCCUGUUCUUUUUCCCAUUGUACCUCUGAGGCAGCUAAAGUUUGUCCAAGCAGUUGAGGCUCCUCACUGUGAGGAGUGAGAUACAGCUGUGUCAAAGGGAACUGCAGAUGUUACUUAGGAGCUCACUAAGUGAGAUGAAAAUCCACUGGCUCACUCCUGCAGAGCCAGAUCCUGGAGCUCAGUUCCUCUCAUGCCCUUUGGAUGGGAUCUUGAGCUGUCAUUCCUUGGAACAGCUGUGCCGGGAGGUGGAGAUGCUGCACUGCAGUAAGCACAAGAAGAGGCAAGCAAGUGGGCCUCAGUGUAGCACUCAUCACACGCUUCAUGGCUCAGUUCAUGGACUGUAACUGCAGGUAUUCAUAUAAUCUACGUCACUGGGCAGGACUCUGCACACACACACAUGCAUGCCCAGACAUAUGCGCACCACACCUCCACUUGCCCACACGUCCUCGCCAAAAUGACUGAAAAUAAAAGUGAUCUCAAUCUCCA